AUGUCUACCUUUAGAAGCCUCGCUGUCCUCGCCGUGCUCGGUCUCGUCAACGCUGAGACCAUUGGAUUCGGCCCAUACUUCUCUCUCGGCCCUACUUCGUCAUGGAUCCGUGAAGCAAACACUACUCUCGUUCUCCCCGAGGCCCCGAGCCCCCAGCAAGAUCGUCUUGCCCUGUGGCCCGGCAUGGGAACAAGCGCCGGCGACUUGAUCCAAGCCCUUGCCGUCUCUUUCUCUGACCCCUCAGCAAACUGUGGUGCCACAUCUGGACAGUGGUGCACCUGGGCUAGUACCCUCCAGGGCGAACAGUUGGGUGGAAAGCAGGUCCCCGCUAAUGCCGGCGAUGAGAUCAACAUGCACUACAAGUACAACGAUGACACCAGCAAGUUCGACCAGACCGUCUCCAUCAACGGAGAGGUUGUUUCCACUCUUUCAACCACCUCCGGCCAUGCUCAGGGUUAUGGUACCGCCGUCGAAUGCCAGGCUGAGGCAUGCAAGGGCACUGCUGCCGCUCACGAAUACCUCGACACUACCGUCAUCUUGAACGCCGCCGACUCUUCUUUCGGAGACACCCUUGCUAUCAACGAGGCCACUUCCUCCGGCCUCAAGACCUCCGACAAUGGAAAGACCUGGACUGUUUCUUCCAUCAAGAUCCAGUCUCACACUUACGACCUGUAA